AUGUCUCAGUACAAGCUGACCUACUUCAACGGACGCGGACGUGCCGAGCUCAUCCGCCUCAUUCUCGCCCAGGCCGGCGUUCAGUACGAGGAUCACCGUAUUGCCGGGGAAGAGUGGCCCGAGCUGAAACCCACUACGCCCUUCGGCUGCCUCCCGAUACUGGAGGUAGACGGCAAGACCCUUGGCGGUAGCGCUCCCAUCGCCGUCUUCGUGGCUCAGCGACACGGACUAGCUGGAGCCAACGAUUUCGAAAACGCCGAGAUUGGCGGUAUCAUGGACUACAUGUUCGAUCUCAUGCUGGGCUUCAUGACCAUGCACUUCGAGAAGGACGAGACACGCAAGGCCGCACUGAAGAAGAAGUUUGAAGAAGAGGACUGCCCAAAGAAAUUGGCCGUGCUGGAGAAGAAAGUGACGAACGACGGUUGGCUCUACGGCUCCAAGGUCACCUACGUCGACCUCGCCUUCUUCAACUUUUCCGAGCGGUUUCCUAGCGAGGUCUUAGCCAAGCUCCCUGGACUAAAGGGUGUUAUUGAUAAGGUGGGGGCUCUGCCAAAUAUUGCAAAGUGGGUGAAGGACAGACCAGAAACGAAGUUCUAG